GAGGGACAGCGCGCUCCUCCCAGCUGAUCGCAUCCACGACAAAGACCAUGAGCAAGGACUCCCAGAUGAGGGCUGCCAUUAACCAGAAGCUGAUCGAAAUGGGCGAGAGGGAGCGGUUGAAAGAGUUGCUCAGGGCGAAGCUGGUGGAAUGCGGUUGGAAGGAUCAGCUGAAGGCGCACUGCAAAGACGUGAUCCGAGAGAAGGGCCUGGAUCACGUCACGGUGGAGGACCUGGUCACGGAAAUCACGCCCAAAGGCCGAGCGCUGGUUCCCGACAGCGUGAAGAAGGAACUCCUGCAAAGAAUCCGAGCGUUUCUUGCGCAGCACGCGGCCUUGUGAACGCCCCGCUGCUGCUGUCCACUCCCCCACACACACUUUAGCUCACGACAUAGAUCAACAGGCAAAAUGCAGACUGAGGUUCGUUCUCAUCAUGUUGUUUUAUAAAGAUUUUUUUUUUAGUUUGUUAUGCAGCAGUUUUUGGAGAAAACAAAUAAAAAUCAGGCCUAUUUUA